CGCGUCUUUCUUUUUUCUUUUCUUCAUUCCACAUUCGUCAACUUUUUUUUCACAAAUGGCCUCCAUUCAGUCUAUUCCAACAAAACCCUUUGAAGGACAACGUCCCGGAACAAGUGGCCUUCGCAAGCGUGUCAAGGUCUUCCAACAGGAGCACUACACUCAAAACUUCAUUCAGGCUACUCUCGAAGCCAUUCCCACAGGUGCAAAGGGCGCAACUCUUGUCGUCGGAGGCGAUGGGCGCUAUUUCUCCCAAGAUGCUGUUCAAAUGAUCAUCCGUAUCGCUGCUGGUAACGAGGUUUCUAAACUCAUCAUCGGUCGAAACACCAUCCUCUCUACUCCUGCUGCUUCAAAUCUCAUUCGCCUUCGCAAGGCUACCGGUGGUAUCCUCUUGACUGCAUCCCACAAUCCUGGAGGACCUGACAAUGACUUUGGUAUCAAGUACAACAUGAGCAAUGGUGGACCUGCUCCCGAGAGCGUCACUGAAAAGAUUUAUGAAAUCACUCAAAAGAUUACUUCUUACAAGGAGAUCGCUCUUGAUCCUGUGGACCUGUCGAACGUUGGUACUCAACGCAUUGGCAACCUGGAGGUCGAGAUUGUCGACUCUGUUGCUGACUACUUGGCCCUACUCAAGGAGAUCUUUGAUUUCGACCUCAUCAAGAGCUUCUUGAAGAGCAACCCUGACUUCACAGUCCUCUUCGAUGGUAUGCAUGGUGUUACAGGUCCUUAUGGUCGACAGAUCUUUAUCAACGAGCUCGGCCUUCCAGAGUCUUCGGUCAUGAACUGCGUCCCCAAACCUGAUUUCAAUGGUGGACAUCCUGAUCCUAAUUUGACCUAUGCUCACGAAUUGGUGGACCGCGUUGAGAAGGAGAAUAUUAGCUUUGGUGCUGCCUCUGAUGGUGAUGGUGAUCGUAACAUGAUUAUUGGCAAGGGCGCCUUUGUUACACCAUCAGAUUCAGUGGCCAUCAUUGCUGCUCAGGCCGAUGCCAUCCCUUACUUUAAACGCACUGGUAUCAAGGGUCUGGCUAGGAGCAUGCCUACUAGCACUGCAUUGGACUUGGUUGCCAAAAAGAAGGGCUAUGAGUACUUUGAAGUCCCCACAGGAUGGAAGUUCUUUGGUAACCUUAUGGAUGCUGGCCGUCUUUCCAUCUGUGGCGAGGAGUCCUUUGGAACCGGAUCUGAUCACAUCCGUGAGAAGGAUGGUGUCUGGGCCGUUGUUGCAUGGCUUAACAUUAUUGCUGCUGCAAACCAGACCAAGCGCGCUAGCAUCAACGAUAUCCUCCUGGCUCAUUACAAGGAAUACGGACGCAACUUCUUUUCUAGAUAUGACUAUGAAGAAGUUGAUGCUGAUGGCGCCAACAAGAUGGUUGAGCGUCUUCGGUCUUUGGUGUCAACAGACCGUGCCAAUUUGAUCGGCAAGGAUCUUGGUAAUGGUUUUGUUGUCAAGGAUGGAGAUGACUUUGAGUACACUGAUCCUAUUGAUAGAAGUGUCUCUAAGAAACAGGGAGUUCGUAUUAUCUUUGAGGAUGGUUCGCGUUUGAUCAUUCGAUUGUCUGGCACGGGAUCACAUGGUGCGACUGUGCGUCUGUAUGUGGAGAAGUAUGAGUCCGACGCGAGCAAGUACCAGGACAAGACACAGGAUGCAUUGCGACCACUGAUUCAGGUAGCGUUGGAGCUUAGCAAGUUGACUGAAUUCACUGGUCGCAAGGAGCCCACUGUGAUCACAUAAAUCCCGUGACUGUAGAAGUUUGAAGUACAUGAGUGCAUGUACAUGUAGAAAAAUGCAAAGAUCUACUGUUGCAGACAUACCUUAAGAAAAAGACACACAAGGUGAUGUAGGUCUGGC